CGGUCCCUCCUCGUCUCAACAGUCGCCGCCGUUCGCCCCGAACGCGGUUGCCAUCGGCUACGACCCGCCUCAAGACACUCAACGACGUCGCCGACGACGACGACAACGAUGUGGUCGAAAAUCUCCGGCGCCUUCAAGUCUGGCAAGGCACACGAUGAGCCUGAGCCAACGCACCCGCACCCCGACGUGAUGGGCCGCGUCCUGGAUCAGCACCCGAACCUCUCGGUCUUCCACCAGCAGCCCGAGCAGCCCCCACGGCCAGACUCACCGUCGAAACAUGGCCUGCGCGGCGUCUUCAAGCGACCACCGAAGCAGCAAGACCUAGAUCAGGAAUCUAUACGCUCGCCAUCUCCCUUCAAGCUGCCGGGAGCAUUCACAAGUAAGGUCUCUUCACAUCUGCACUUUCAAAAUGGUAACGCCUCCCAAGCUUCCGUCGGUCGUAACACAGAACGUCCUCAUCUGGACGGCCUUGGCCGUCCCGAAAAGGUGAAGGACACGAAGAAGAACAGCAGUAUGCGCCGCGCAUCCAUCGACCUGCUCCGCCGCAGUCCUUCCCUCGACUUACUGCGCACUCGUCCAUCACUCGACGCGCUGAACUCUCACGAACCCGAUCAUCCUGAUGGACGGCCUCAAAACCAACGCAGUCCCACCGCACCACCAUCUGCCAUGCGUCCUCAACCCCUUGCUAUGGGCGACGAAACCAAGUACGGGUCCGUCCGUUCCAUCAUGCGCGAACCGAAUACCCCGGGUACUGGUCAGAACGUGCGAUUCUUCUCGAGGAACGCAUAUAUGACCAUCAGUCCUAAUACCUCCGUCGACGAGUCUAAUCUGGGUCCCGUCGUCGAGGAUGCGAACUUCAUGGAGCGGCUACAACGCGCCUCCGGUACCCAAACGUUGCCAGCCAUUCUAUCGCCGAAGGGUAAAUCGCGGCCCAGCCUCGGCAACUUGUUCUCUCCUCCGCACGAUGAAGAUGGGCCCGUUGCCACCUCAUCACCUCGUGAAGGGGAGGACGCCGCGAACAACAGCAACCCCUUCGACAUCUCGCAGGAGAUUCAGCUCCCACCCAUGCCACCACCCGGUCUGAGCCUCGCGCUCGACAUCCAGAACCAGCUCCCGGAGAUGUCUGCAGACCUGAGCGGCCAUGGCUUGACGUCGACCCCGGCGGCGAAGGGCAAGGGGAAGCAAAAGGAGGAGGUCUCACCUGUCGUUGACCUGACCGAGUCGACGAAAGGUCUUCCUCAGCUCCCCGUCAUUCCCGAGCCUGGCCCGCCUGCCGAGAGCAUCUUCCACGCACAGGAGAAGCCUCCGCGUCUUCCGUCGCUCCUGGGACAUGACCGCAGCCAGUCCUUCAGCUUCGGUCAGACUCUGUACCAUUCCAUGGGGCAGGGCAACUCGAAGCGCGACUCGAAGAUGUCUGACAAGUCGAGCUCUACAAAGCGUUCCUCCGUUGCGUCCUCUUCCGAGGUGGCGUACACGUCGAGCGAGUUGAAGCCGUCGAGCAUAUCGCCGUCCUCCAGGCUCACGGACUCUCCUGCCUCAUCCGUGAGCGCGAAGAGCCGCAGCCGGGCGUUCAGCGAUACGCGCUUUUAUUCUAUGAUGCGUUCUUCCCCUGGGGGUGGCAAGCCCCCGCCGGAGCUGGACAUCAACGACGAAUCCUCUACUGACAUUGUUGUCGAGCCGGAGCAGGCUCCUCAGCCUGACCCCUUCAACGCUCACGCCAACACGUACUACGGCCCUCAGACGAUGAUCCCCACUACGCCUCCGAAGUCGUCCAUCAGCAGCUCGAUGCACUCGAGGAAGAUGUCGAAGGACGACGCGCUCAUCUGCUCGCUUCAGACCCAGCUCGCUCUCCAGACGGAGCUCGUCGGCCAGUACGAGACCGACCUCCGUGCGCGCGACGAGACCGUGCACAUCCUCGAGCGCCGCAUCGCCGAGUCCGAGAAGGAAGAGAACAAGCGCCGUGCCACCCUCCGCGCCAUGCGCAAGAAGGUUCUCGAGCUCGAGAAGCACGUCCGCUACUUGCAGGAAGAAGUCGACAGCUCGCAGCAAGUCAGCAUGGAGCGCAGCAUCAUGGACGAGGCGAGCGGCCAAGCCUUGCGCACGCUCCACCGCCAGAUCGCCGAGCUCGAGCGCGAGAAGGAGGCGAUGGGCCGGCGGGAGGACAAUCUGCACGACGAAGUCGCGUCGCUACAGCGCGCGUUGCGCGAGCGGUCGGACGAGGCGGAGGAACUCCGUGAGACGCUGCGCACGCGCGACGAGAGCACGCGGGCGCUGCAAGACGGCAUCCAGGCCGCGCACGCGCAGAUCGAGCAGAUGGGGAAUGUGAGCGUGUGCGUGGACGAGGACGAGCUGAGGCGGCUGGCCACGCCGCACGAGGCGCGCGACCACGCGGCGGAGCAGCAGCGCGCGGCCGAAUUCCAGUGGAGGGAGGGGCGCGCGGAGCUGCUCACUCGCGCCGAGGGGCUCGCUGUCGAGGUCGAGCAGCUUCGGGAGGAGAAGGACCGCCUGCGCGAGGAGUACGACGCGAAGUGCGCGCAGCUGCACACGCGUGACGAGGAGUACAACACGCUGCGCGCCGAGCUCGAGGCGCAGUGGCAGCACACGGAGAAGAUGACCGAGGAGGCGGAGGAGAUGAGGAGGAAGGUCGAGCACGCGGAGGAGGAGCGUGACGGGCUGAAGGCCGUGGUGGAGGAUCUCGAGCGGAGGAUGAACGGCAUGGAGGUUGAGUGGACGCAGAGCGAGAACAAGCGCAAUGAGUAUGAGGCGGAGGCGCAGCAGCUCUGGGAUGAGAAGGAGGCUCUUGCCAAGGACAAGGAGGAGGUAAGCAUGUUUCUUCCGGGCAUCUUCUCGUGUGCUGACCGCGCGUGUAGCUUGAGCAAUACCUAUCCGAGGAACGCAAUCACAUCGAGGAGCUCGAGCACGCGCUCUCUGAGCAGCAGGACCGCAUCCACGAGCUGGAGCGCGAGGCCGAGUUCGCGCACGAGAGCGUCUCUCGCGUCGAGGAGCUCAUCCGCAAGCGUGAUGUUGAGAUCACGCAGCUCAGCCAACAGCUCUCGGAGCAGAAGCGCGCCGCGGAGGACGCGCAAGAGCAGAUGAGCACCCUCAGUCGGGAGCACGCGCGCGCGCUGGAGCAGCAGGGCCGCGCAUUAUCCGAGGCCGCCGGUCAGGAGGACGAGACGAAGCGGACGCUUGAGACGCUGAUGCGGCAGAAGGCCGAGGCGGACAUCGAG